GACAUGAUGGUCACUGUUGUGCCUCCCUCUCGCACCUUGUUCGGCCCCAUACAAUAUCGCCUUACUCGUUGCCCUUAUUCACAACUCAUUCAUGAGUGGCAGCAUAGUUGAACUCAUGGGGGUAUUACUGGAUGAUGAACAGGCGGUCCAGGCUUCCGUGCUCCAAGCUCGCGCUCCAAGCUUCUACACAACAGUGAUGUUGCUUUCUGGUUGCUCUCCUCUUUUCUUGGGACAUCAACAGACAAAGAAAUGGGUCGCAUCCGCCCCCGCCCCCAUCCUCGUCACAGCGCCUCCUUCUGGCGUCGAGCCAUUCUCCGCCGCUUCCCUGUCCGCGCUGGCAACCCGGACAUGGUACUUUACUUCCUUGCUUCCGUCCUCCGUGUGAGGAAGUAUGAUAUCUCUGACACCCCACAGCGCUUCUCCGCGGCGCCUCCUGAAGGCUGGCCAGAGCCAAUCCCUCCGCCAGCCCCUCGCCCGGCCAAUCGCUGCCUCCCUAAGGGCUUCGAAGCGGCUUCUUUGCCCCGGGACUUCGACAAUGCAUAGGGAGAGAAAAGAGAAGUAGCUAGAGUUCGAGGGUGAACUAAAAAUCCUCCGACCCUGGGUCGUUAAGCUUGUACAAUUCAAACCUCG